AGCGCAGGAGCGGGCGGGGCGGGGCGGACAGCGGGGGGGGCGGGGCCGGCAGCUGGGAGCCGCGCGGCGGUGCAUUGUGGGCGCUCCCUGCCCGGGCUCGCAGCACCACGCGGCGCCAUGGGGAAGUGCCGGGGGCUCCGCACCGCCCGCAAGCUCCGCAGCCACCGCCGCGACCAGAAGUGGCACGACAAGCAGUACAAGAAGGCCCACCUGGGCACGGCGCUGAAGGCCAACCCCUUCGGCGGCGCUUCCCACGCCAAGGGCAUCGUCCUGGAGAAAGUUGGUGUGGAAGCUAAGCAGCCCAAUUCUGCUAUCAGAAAAUGCGUUAGAGUCCAGCUGAUCAAGAACGGCAAAAAAAUAACUGCCUUUGUUCCCAACGACGGUUGCUUGAACUUCAUUGAGGAAAACGAUGAAGUUCUGGUUGCUGGUUUUGGUCGGAAGGGUCAUGCUGUUGGUGAUAUUCCUGGAGUUCGCUUCAAGGUUGUCAAAGUAGCCAAUGUUUCUCUAUUGGCCUUGUACAAAGGCAAGAAAGAAAGACCAAGAUCAUAAAUUCCUUUUGUGCCAGCUACAGUACUAAUAAACAUUUUAAUUUGAUAAA